UGUAGCCCUCAAAAUCUAGGAGAUAUGAGGGGACUUUGUAUCUGGAUUCUGAGAGUUUCCAUGCUUCUGCUGCUGCUCAGGCCAUAUCCCCUGGAUUGCCAACUCACUAUAGACCACAGGAAGGUUCCUCAAAGGGCAGAGCAGCAGGAGGCUGAAGGAGUGCAGGGUGGGGCCCCAGGCACCUGGGGCUCCUGGGGGCCUUGGUCCUCCUGCUCCCGCUCCUGUGGGGGAGGGGUUCAGGAACAGAACCGACCCUGCCUACCCUCCCACACCCCCUCCAUAGGUGCUGUUGCUUACCCCUCCAGGCCAGAUGGCCACCACCCCAACCAGAACCCAGGCCAUGUAGUGUCUGCCCUAAGACCCACUGUCCCACUGCACCGCACCAACCCUGGGAGACCCCCACCGUCCAACAGAAACACCAGCUUGGCCAGCCGAGGAGAGCUGAGAGACCAGCAGAGAGACAGAGAGGCCAAUGCUGGACGCAGGAAGGGCAGUGACAGUCCCAUCAUUCCAGGGAAGUAUGGCUAUGGGAGGAUGCCUUAUGUUGUGUCUCUCCAGACAGACACAGGCCAGAGGUCUGGGAUAGAGACAGGGACUGGUCUCUCCCACAGACAGAGACGCUCCCCACUCUCUGACCCCAGCCCGUCAGCCACCAGGCACGGAGGCCACAGGCCUAACCCCUACCGUCCGCCUUACAACAACCCCCAUCUCCACAGCUACAGCCCAGUCCAUCACCAGCCCCCAGCCCCCCAACCCAGGUCUAACCCUGACUCUAACCCCAACCCAGCCCCCCAGCCCAGGUCUAACCCACCCUGGUCCUCCUCACUCUACCAGCCCAGCCAGAGGCACCAACCUAGGCAGGAGCAGCAGCACUCAUCCAGCCAGGCCUCAGCAGCUCAGCAACCCUUUGGACGGCCCUACAACCCACUGCCCACCUCCUCCUGUGUGGGAGAGCACAACCAGUACAAGAUUUGCAACACCGAUGCCUGUCCUCCAGCCAGCAGACACAUCAGAGCGGUGCAGUGUUCUUCCUACAACAACUAUCCCUUCAUGGGUCGUCUGUACGAGUGGGAGCCUUUCAAUGAAGUUUCAGGGGACCAGCGUUGUGAGCUCAACUGUCGUGCGAUCGGUUUCCGCUUCUACGUGCGUCAGUCGGAUAGGGUCAUCGAUGGGACGCCGUGCGGCCAGAACGAGACUUCCAUCUGUGUGGCGGGGAGGUGUCAGAGUCUGGGCUGCGAUGAGUACCUGGGCUCAGGCAAGGUGAUGGACAAGUGUGGGGUGUGUGGCGGGGACAGCACGGCCUGUAAGCUGGUGUCAGGGCUCUUCCAGCAGCACAGCCUGAACAAGGUGGGCUACCACAAGAUAGUGGAGAUCCCAGAGGGAGCCACCAAGAUCAAUGUCACUGAGACGUUGAAGAGCAGGAAUUACCUGGCUCUGAAAAGCCGCUCAGGUCGCUCCAUCAUCAAUGGGAACUGGGCCAUUGACCGGCCAGGGGAGUAUGAGGGGGUGGGCACCAUGUUCACCUACCGACGACCCAAUGAGGUCACCAGCACCGCCGGGGAGUCCUUCCUGGCUGAGGGGCCAACCAAUGAGAUCCUGGAUGUUUAUGUGAUCUACCAGCAGCCCAACCCAGGAGUGAGCUAUGAAUUCAUCCUUCCCUCUGACAACCCUCCACAGCACCCCGACCACAGACCUGGAGGGAACACUCUGUAUGGGCAAAGUGGGAAUGAUCACCGGGGCAACCCCAACCAGGAUGGGUACGAUCCAGCAGGAGGGGGCAAUUACCCUCCCCAGGUACCCAACAACCAGGUACCAGCAGUCCUGCCACCCAGACGUCAGAGAGAAUACAACUGGAAACUGUCUGGGGCAACAGAAUGUAGCGCCUCCUGUGGCAGAGGUAGCAGGUACACCAUCUUCCGCUGUGUCCACAGACUGAGCCAUGAGCAGGUACCAGAGAACCAGUGUGACAGCAGCACCAGGCCCAGUUCACAGGAAGAGCCCUGCAACCUUCAGUCCUGCCCUGCCUUCUGGGACAUUGGUGAGUGGUCGGAGUGCAGUAAGACAUGUGGCCUGGGUAUGCAGCACCGCCAGGUCUUGUGCAGGCAGGUGUAUGCCAACCGGACCCUCAACGUCCACACCAGCCGCUGCCGCCACCUGGAGCAGCCCGAGACCACAAGUACCUGCCAGCUGAAAAUCUGCAGCGAGUGGCAGAUACAAACUGAGUGGAGCGCAUGCUCUGUUCCCUGUGGCGUGGGCCAGAGGACCAGGGACGUGCACUGUGUCAGCAAUGUGGGAGACUUUGUGUCGGACGAGGAGUGCAACAUGAAGCUGCGACCCAGUGACAAUGAGAACUGUGACAUGGGGCCCUGUGCUAAAAGUUGGUUCUUCACCGAGUGGGGGAAUAAGUGUUCUGCUGAGUGUGGGAUGGGCAUCCGGACCCGUGGCGUUCUGUGCCUGACCAAUCACAUCAGCAGCUUGCCUCUGGAGGGGUGUGGCCAUGAGCGCCCCACUGACUCUCAGGUCUGUAAUCACGGCCCCUGUGAGAGUCGCAUCGAGUGGUUUACAGCCCCCUGGAGUCAGUGUUCAACGGAGUGUGGCUCGGGCAGCCAGCAGAGGGCAGUGGUGUGUCUGAUGAAGACUGACGAGGGGUUCAAUGUAAUGCCGCCCUACGAAUGUUCUUCUCUAGACAAGCCUCUUAAUCAGCAGAGCUGCCACCUAAAGUCCUGCGGGGCCAAGUGGUACCACACAGACUGGAGCGCUUGUUCUAAGACGUGUGAGGGGGGCUUCCGUGUGAGGGAGGUGCGCUGUCUGUCUGAUGACAUGCUUUCCGGUGAGGGCUGUGAAGAGGAGCUGAAACCAGUGGAGAGAGAGGAGUGCAACCCAGAGCCCUGCGUCCCACACAUAGACGAGAACUGUCGAGACAAGUAUUUCAACUGCAAUGUGGUGGUCCAGGCACGUCUCUGUGUGUACGACUACUACAAGACAACCUGCUGUGCCUCCUGCACACGAGUGGCCCACAGACAGUCACAACACAGGGCACUCAGCUAGCCCCCUCUCCCCAGGCCUCAGACCUCUAGGGGGCCUGACAAAGCGCCCCGAGCAGGCCCUCAGUCCCUGGGCCAAACACACUGACCCACAGUGGAGAGGACAGCCUAGAACCUGACUCUGGGUGGACACUGACUGGACACUAUAAUAUGAGUGCUGAAAAACUGAAAGACUGCAAAGAAAGGAAGUGAAAGCCCAACUUGUUUUUGGCAUGUGAGGAGAUUGCCAAUGGGCAAUUCGUGAAACCGAAUGGUUCAUGGAGGAUGGUUUUGAAGGACACGUUUAACAGGGCUAUGAGUGGAGGAGCUCUGGUGAGGCGAGAUGAUAGACAGGACACCAAACCGAAGAAUCUGGAACCACUUUAUGGACUGUAACCAGAAUCCCCUCCAAUAAAAUUUCCCGUCUGGGUUUAUAUUGUGUUUCAUGGGAAGCAGUUUACCGCUGCCAUUCACCUGAAUGGAUUAAGGUCUUGAAAAAGGUCUUUGGCCGAAACGUUGACAGAAUAAACUGCUACCGCAUCUGUGAUGAGACUCUUGACUACCAUGGCUCUCUUGGAUUACAUUAAAAGAGAGGAAGCUACAGUAUGAAAGGAAAGCAAGAUUGUUUGUUUUGCAUAAUGUAUAGACUGUACACAUUUUAAUAAGCUUCUUUACGCUCUAAAAUCCACCAUAUUUAUGAUCUAAUUAACUACAUGUAGUAUUAAGUUGCCCAAGCUUGCUCUUAAAUCAUCCCCAAUUACGUAUCAUGAGGGCUCUAUUCAAUACUCUCCUACACAGCAGUUUAGUUGACCAAAGAUUUCACUAUUUCACAGGAGGACGUGUCAAACAGUAAUUGCUCAGUCCAGAUCUAUGGCUCUAUUUAAUCUGUACCGGUGAAGCGUUACAGAUGGAGCAAUAUAACUGUUAAGGUCAUUUCUGAUUGAGCCAACAUAUGCAGUGUUUACCGUGAUGCAGUCUCUGCUAAUACGGAACAUUGCCUUUAGAUUUCAAUCACGCUGUAACGCUGAACUUCUGCGAUACGGAUUGAAUAGAGCCCCAAGUUAUGGUGCUAUGACAACUUAAGUUGUAAAGUGUUUUUAAGUGACAGCUCACCAGUUUUACACAGCAACCCUCUAACAAAUUAAGCUCUAAAAUGUUAUGUGUUGUUGUAGUGUAUCAUAUAUUUUGCAUCACUGCUGCGUGUAUGUACUGUGUAUAUACAGAACCAGUCAAAAGUUGACACACCUACUCAUUCAAGGGUUUUUUAUUUUUACUAUUUGACACUGUAGAAUAAUAGGGAAGACAUCAAAACUAUGAAAUAACAAGGAAUCUUGUAGUAACCCAAAAAAGGUUAAACAAAUCAAAAUACAUUUUAGAUUCUUCAAACAGCCACACUUUGCCUUGAUGACAGCUUUGCAUUCUUGGUAUUCUCUCAACCAGCUUCACCUGGAAUGCUUUUCCAACACUCUUGAAGGAGUUCCCACAUAUGCUGAGCACUUGUUGGUUGCUUUUCCUUCACUCUGCGGUCCAACUCAUCCCAAACUAUCUCAAUUGGGUUGCUUGUGGAGGCCAGGUCAUCUGAUGCAGCACUCCAUCACUCUCCUUCUUGGUAAAAUAGCCCUUACACAGCCUGGAGGUGUGUUGGGUCAUUGUCCUGUUGUAAAAAAAGAUAGUUCCACUAAGCGCAAACCAGAUGAGAUAGUGUAUCGCUGCAGAAUGCUGUGGUAACCAUGCUGGUUAAGUGUGCCUUGAAUUCUAAAUAAAUCACAGUGUCACCAGCAAAGCACCCCCACACCUCCUCCUCCAUGCUUCACGGUGGCAACCACACAUGCGGUAAUCAUUCGUUCACCUACUCCGCAUUUCAAAAUUACUCAUCAGAUCAAAGCACAGAUUUCCACCAGUCUAAUGUCCAUUGCUUGUGUCUCUUGGCCCAAGCAAAUUUCUUCUAUUGGUGUCUUUUAGUAGUGGUUUCUUUGCAGCAAUUACACCAUGAAGGCCUGAUUCACGCAGUCUCCUCUGAUGUUGAGAUGUGUCUGUUACUUGAACUCUGUGAAGCAUUUAUUUGGGCUGCAAUUUCUGAGGCUGGUAACUCUAAUGAACUUAUCCUCUGCAGCAGAGGUAACACUGGGUUAACAGUUACUGGGUUACUGGGUUUUGGUUACUGCAUGAUUUGAUAUGUGUUGUUUUGAUGUCUUCACUAUUAUUCAACAAUGUAGAAAAUAGUAAAAAUAAAGAAAAACCCUGGAAUGAGUAGGUGUGUACAAACAUUUGACUGAUACUAUAUAUAUGUGAUUGAGUGAGUGAGUGAAGUUGCUGAACUGAAGGAAAUUCAGCAGGUCCUCCCAGUGACUGAACAGAGCAGAAAGCCCUCUAUUUAUUUAUUGGGGUCCCCAGGGAGGGCACCAGUGGCCCCUUUUGGCUGCAGGGUUAAAACGUCUGUUACCUCUCCACCAAUCGCUGCCUAGGAAAGGGAUGUAGGCAUUCCAGAGCCCACUGGAUGGUUAAAGCAGAUGGUUAGAAAUUCUAGAACACUAUACUUCUUAAAGAGAAGGUAAAAUAACUACUACAUUUGCGUGAGAUAAAAAGAUUACACCAUUGUACAUUUCUAUGCUCAUGGGAAAAUUGAAACAUUAAUUCACUAAAAGGAUACUGGAUUAUUCAUGACACUUUAUAACUGCAGUAAUGUACCACAAUUUUCACAAAUAAUUUUAAAAAAAAGUACAUUUGAUUAAAUUGAACCGGUUACUCAUGUAGGCCUGGUGAACAUCUAAACAAAGGUGAUAAAUUGACCAGGCCAGUAAAGUAUUAUGCCCCACUAGUUUGUCCUUUAUCCUGUAUUGUACCUCAAGAGCAAGGAGUUCCCUUUUGAUUGCAUCCAUCCUAGUAACAUUCACUGUAAGAAAAGGUUUUGAGGAUUCUCAUCCUGUAUGUAUUGUAUGUGUAAUCAGAUGCAAUGUCUGGGAUGGACUCAAUAGCUAAAAACAUGAAAAUACAGUGUAUUCAAUGCAACUUUGAGUUAAAGGGAAUUAACGGAAUUUGCCAAAUGCCAAGUAUUUAAGUUUAAUGAUUUAACACCAUCUUUCUCUCUUUUUUUAUUAUUAAAUCAGACACAUGGUGUAUGACUGAAAUGCUAUACUUUAGUAUUUGGAAUUCUAAUGCAAACAUCUGCAAUGUACACUACUUCAGAAUUGAAAUGGGAAAGGUUUGACUGACACAGUUUGAGAGAAUAGGUAAAUAAGUGUUUAUACUUAUUUAGUGCAUAUUUGUAGUCAUUCCAUUUAUUUGAACACCAGUUCACUGGUGGUGUGAAUCAAAUCUGUAACAAAUAAGGGCAUCGAUACAAGGAAACACUUCUUACCAGAGCUACAUGAACUUUACAAUGACUUAAGGACCCCAUCUAGUGAAGACUGGCAGUAUUACUACACAGUUGUAGUAAACCAACCCACUGUUCCAUGACACUAUGAUCACUGGCAUUUACAACUGGAAGCACACUCUACAAAUGUCACAGAACGCAAAACUGCAAGUUGAGGGGUUUAUUUACUUCAAUUGCACUGUAUUUUAUGAGAAUUGUAUAAACGUCCAAGAAAAUAAAGUCUCUAUUACGCACAAUCAUAAAGCAAUUAACUCGGCACUGAAAUAUUGUCAACCGUCAACACUGUUUUUACGUGGCAAGAUGGCCACAGCAAUUUAAUUCACUGCAUUUUCACAAUAAUCAUCUUUAUCACUAAGAGCUUCAAAUAGUAUAGGUAGUUUAACCUGCAUUUGUUUAUUAGUGUGUUAUGCUAAUGAUACUGCAUUCACUGAGAUUAAACAGACACCUUUCUAGAUUGAAAAGUUCUGCAUCUAAUGCAUCCAUUAUUGAUUAUAUAUGGCAUUAUGUAGACUGGCAAGAUAUCAUUAGAGAAACUGCAUCUCUUACAUCAGAAAACAGAUAUUCUCUCCACAA